AUGCUUUCACAAGAUUAUACACAACACACAACCCAAACAACCCAGGUAAACAAUAACACUCAAACCAUCAUGGAUUUUGAAUUUACGUCUGAUGAUGAUGAUGAAGAUGUAAGCGAAGUUCCUGAAUUAAAUGAUGAUGAGGAUGUUCAGUCUGACUGUUCGGAUGAGUCCACAGACAAGAUUUCUGCAGAAGAAGCCGAAGUUAUGAGAGGGAUAGAUUUAUUUCAAUUACAAAUCAAUGAUAAACCAUUUGAAUUAACUGACAAGCUUCCUCCUAUUCCGAAUGAAGAAGAGGGAAGUUUAAAAUUCACCUUCACUACGGAAGAAGUUACACCACUAUCAAUGUUUAGUAAAAUCUUUACUCCGGAAAUAGAGAAGUAUUUGUUGAAGCAAAUGAAUGAAAGAAGACGUCAUAGAAUUGAAGCUCGUUCGGAGAAAGGAAAGAGAGGAAGACCUUUAACAAAGAAUGAUCAAAAAAGCAGAGACAAUUACUUGAAACGGUUUAAUAAACCUUUCAAGAAGAAAGAUUUCAAAACAUUUCUUUGUCUUCUCUUUAAAUUGGGCAAUGGGGAAAAAAGGACUAAAAUUGUUGAUUGUUGGAGGAUGCCAACGGUUGAUGCAACUGGUGAUGGUCUUUUUUUCAAGUCGAGAAUGAAGUAUCACAAGUUUGCUGAAAUGGCAGCUUGUUUGAAGUUUGACUUUGAUGUGGUGGAGUCUUUUUUUAACAAAAAUUCCAAAGAAGUUUAUCAACCAGGAACAGUGCUUGCAUUCGAUGAAUCAAUGGUUGGUAUGAUGAUGAGGAAUAAUCCUCACCAUGUUUUCAUGCCAAAAAAACCAGAGAAAAAUGGGUGUAAGCUGUAUACAAUUGCUGACAAGAAUGGUUUUCUUGUUUAUGCUCAACUAAUGAAAAGAACAAUGGAAGAACCAGAAGACCCUGCCAUUGCACAAAGCAAGAGGAAAAAGUUUGUAAGAGGAGCUCCAAUUUCCAAAGAGACAGUUCCUCAAUUA